AUGGAUGCAGCAGCAAGACGUCUUGUCUUACGGGGGCCUCGACCCCACAUCUGCAGCAGCAGCUGCAGCAGCAGCAGCAGCAGCAGCUGCAGCAGCAGCAGCAGCAGCAGCAGCAGCAGUGGCGGCAGCAGCAGCAGCCUCCCUCUGUGGACCGCAUCGACACCAGGUCGUCAGCCAACGCUGCUGCUGCGCUGCAGCUGCAGCUAUCUACAUAGGCGCCUGCUGCAGCCGCAGCAGCAACAGCAGCAGCUGCAGCAACAGCAACAGCAGCAGCUGCAGCAUAGCAUCUGCAGGAUAGCUUGCAGGACGGCAGCCCUGCAUACACCUGCUACCUUCAUCAGCAGCAGAAAUGCCAGCAGCAGCAGCAACAGCAGCAGCAGCAACAGAAGCAGCAGCACUAUUGAUGAUACAAGCAGCAGCAGCAGCAGCAGCAGCAGAAGCCGCAGGCGCCGCAGAUCGGCUCCCCGCGACUUUAUCGUUAGGACUAGCAGCAGCAAGAGCAACAGCAGCAGCAAGAGCAGCAGCAGCAAGAGCAGCAGCAAAGAAGUAUUAAUUCAAUCUGCUGCUUCCUCUUUUGCAUGCAUUGGUGUUGCUGCUGCGCUGCAGCAAGGUUUGCUGCAGCAAGCGGGAAGACCCUCGCGUAUUUGCUGCCUCUGCUUACUCGUCUCUGUCCUCCAGCAGCAGCAGCAGCAGCAGCAGCAGCAGCAGCAGCAACAGCAGCAACAGGAGCAAGAACAGCAGGAGCAGGAGCAGGAGCAGGAGCAGCAGCAACAGCAGCAGCAGCAGCAACAGCAGCAGCAGGAGGACGACCUGCUAGGCCUCAUUGCCCACGAUUAA